CUCUACUUUUUAGCCCUUCUAACCUUAUCAACAGGCCCACCAACAAUGAGCUAUUAUCAAGGUUGCCAGACAAGGGAACAUCCCAUAUUUCCUCCCUUUCACUUCCACAAAUGGAGAGCUGUAGAUGACCGAGUGCGCGGCGGGUCGUCUGUUUCGCACAUUGCCCCUGUCAAGAUUGACGUCUACGGGCAGGUGAAGAAUGCUCCUGAACAUGAGGGGUUUGGAGAUGAAAAUAUAUGGAAGGGACACAAUAAAGGCGACAAAAGCCUCGCAGCGAGAUUCUGGGGAAAUCUUGACAUCAAGACACUGGGAGGAGCUGGGUUUGCAUCGCAGGCAUUUCUGUAUGGUCCUUACCCGCUUCAUCUUCCCCGAAUCAAAUACGAAGGCAUCGUCAUUUCUGCUCUUCCUGACCCUCUUCAAUUGUCCCAAGCCAAUGCCCCCUUGUUCGAGAAACCAAUGGAGUUUACCUUUGUGAUUAAAACUACCCCAACCAGUCAUAUCCCCAAACACCCCAAAGUACCUCCUCCCCCACGUUCCGCGAAGCUCAUUUAUGAGGCACAUUUUAUCCUUACCCAAGAAAAUAAUCAGGGCAAAACUCCAGGGGAACAGAAGUUCUAUUUCCCUUGGGACGAUUUCAAAGCGACCUACAGGGGUAAGGAAGUCAAAGAAGAUGACCCAAAAUGGGUUCCGCUUGAUACCUCUAGCAUUUACGAAGUGAGCUUGAUGUGCAGGAGUGGAUUUGGUGAACAAGAAGGGGAUUUUGGGGUGAUCGUCACUGGCAUUUCUGCUUGGGAGAAAGAAGAGAAGGACCAGGAAGAGGCAAACUGCUGGCAAGGUGUAAGAGAGUGGUUUAGAUAUGUCACUGGAUACGAUGUAGGAGUGAAAUUGGAGGAGUCUGAUGAUGAGAAACAGUAUGCGGGGUGAUAUAUAUAUAUAUACAUGUACAUUAUACGUGUAACCUACCAUUCCAUAGAAUUCAUUUGAACUAGCAGCGCUGCUAAGCCUUCCUUUCCAGCACACUGUCUGUAAAAGUCCAUAGGUACACAUCCUCUUACCCUUUUACCUUCUGCCAUCCACUCAAGUAGAACUCUACACAUACGAGCGUUGAUACCUUCAAUCCCUAGGCCCCAAUUAGGCCAACCGAAACCUUUAGCAAUGAUUGUGGGCAGCGACAGGGGAAAAUAAGAGGCUGUAGUGUAGCAAAGGGUGAAUGGUGGGCUAUAUGCGGGGGAAGGCUGAAGUGUCGGCUCAAGAUACCUGACAAUCUACUAGGAUCAGCAUAUGUCAUGA